GAAGCGACUACCUCGUCACCUCAAUCUAGUCAAUUAUUUGAACUGAACAACGAACGUUCGUUUCACGGAAUCACGAAAAUUAUAAUUAGGCGUAAAAGACACUUGUACUGCGCUAGUUGGAAAUUCGUUAGCGGUCACUUUUCGGAGUUUAUUCAACUGCCAUUAACAGAUAAUUAAUAAUGACUCUGUCAUCAGUGUGGUUAAAUAUUUCACCAUAUUUGGAACAGACAAUUGUCCAUUUUAAUCAAUAAAAUUGCUUGGGAGGGUACACAGUACACACAUUACGAGACUGUUGACAAACUGGAAUUUUACUAUCGCUUUGAUUGAAUGAAUUUAUGUGUUUGCAAGCCUUGAACUGUAACUGGUAUAGCAACGUAACGACCUAACGACAUGGGCGGUUGUUUGACAAAAUCAGAAGGAUCGAAAGUAUCGCCGAAAAAUCAAGCCUCUCCGGAAGAUGAUGCAGACGGAUACAUUGGAUUGGCAAAGAAUCGUUCCUGUACAGAUCUUCCAUUCAUCAUUCUUCUACCGUGUUUCCUCAUCGUUCUGUUUGCCUUACUUGGAUAUUGCAUUUCAUACGGAGACAUUUAUCGAAUAGUAAAUGGCUACGAUGACUGUGGCAAUGUGUGUGGAAUGUUAAAUACGUUUGAGGACUCAGCGUCCGGUUGCAGGGGAUUCGACUAUCGACGGCAGAAGUAUCUGAAAGUUCAAUCAAGUGGAACGACUGAAGUGGAUAAUGGGCAAAUCAAUCGAAUUUGUGUGGAAACAUGUGACGGAAUCGCUGGAUACAAAAAAUUUAUUAAUCGAUGCAUUCCGGAGAAGUCUUUAUACCAAGUAAAUUCGUUCUUCUCCAAAACUGGCAUCUCCGAGUUUUUCCAGGAAGUGUCUGAAGACUUGCAAAUGUGUUGGAGAGAGAUUCUAUACCUUUGCUUGGCUGCUUUUGUUUUCGCCGUAAUAAUCAUGUUUAUGUUCCGCUAUGUCGUUGGUUUCAUUAUUUGGCUAGUGUUAGCUGGUGCGAUUGCUAUCUGCCUCAUAGGGACAAUAGUGCUAUGGGCAAUAUACGGUUCGGAAAAGAACAUGAACUACAAUGAUGCAAUUGGUAAACGCCGAACCAACUCAUUCCUAGCAUUCGCCAUUAUCGCCACAAUAGCAACCAUCGUGAUCAGUCUAGUUGUGCUGGUACUGCGAAAAAGAAUUCAGCUCGUCAUCGCGCUGUUCAAAGAGGCUGGAAAGGCGCUGGGCAACAUGCCACUGCUACUUUUGGAACCGAUAUUGACUUUCAUUGCAUUGGUUACAGUCGUCGGACUGUGGCUGUACUUAGCAAUUUGGAUUGAAAGUUCUGGUGAAUUGAAAAUCGAAAACAAUACGUCGGCUAAGUAUGUGAAAAAUGCCACCAUGAAGGUCACACGAUGGUAUAAUGUGCUGGCAAUGUUUUGGAUGACCCAAUUUGUGAUCGGGUGUCAGCAUAUCGUGAUUGCUGGAGCAGUUGCGUCAUGGUUUUUUACAAGGAACAAAAGCGAAUUAAACUCACCGAUUGCAACCAGUUUAUUAAAUCUGGUCAAAUACCACUUGGGAACGGUAGCCUUAGGCUCACUACUGAUAGCUAUCGUUCAGCUCGUUCGCGCCAUACUCAAAUGGGUGGAGUACCUAACAGCCGAUGCACAAAAUCGCGUCACCCAGACAUUAUAUUGCUGCUGUCAGUGUUGCUUGUCGGUGUUUGAAAAUUUUCUGCAAUAUCUGACGAGGAACGCGUACGUCGAGACAGCCCUAUUCGGUUACUCGUUUUGUACAGCCGGUAAUAAAGCAUUCAAAAUUUUGUCCAGCAAUGCGCUGAGAGUAUUUGCCAUUAAUUCUGUGGGUGAUUUUGUUCUUCUAUUGGGUAAAGCGUUUGUCGUUGCAAUCACUGUCCUUAUUGGCAUAGGAGUAAUUCAAAGCAUGGAUGGUGUACAUCACAGCUGGGUUAUACUGGUACUAGUCGGCCUAUUCGCCUAUCUUGUAUCACAUUGUUUUAUAAGUGUGUACGAGAUGACAAUCGACACAAUUUUCAUCUGCUUCUGCGAAGACUGUGAACUAAACGACGGAAUAUCGAAACCGUACUACAUGUCGCGUAGCCUUAUGGAAUUUGUUCAGAAUUCGAAACGAGCCAUCGACACAAAUGCUAAUACCCGGUCGACCAAAGCGUGGUCAACAAGUGCAACACCACCCCGCGAAGUCAAGACCAUUUCGAGUGGAACGAAUUAGUUUACUGUUUUUAAUGACGCAUAGGGAUGGAAUGAACGCUUCGAAUGAACUUCUUUUUUACGAUUUUCUUUUAGUGUUUGUAUUUAUGUGAAGAGGAAUUUUAACCUUUCUUGUAGGCUGAGCGCUUUUAACAGAGAUGUUGAUGUGUCUAUUGCCUUCAGCUUCAUUGCAUUUUCGUUGUAAAUAAAUCGUUUGUGGUAAUCUUUCACAAGUGGUGGAGAAUUCAAAUCUGGCUUAUUGAACGGUUUUUAAUGGCAACAUUUUAAAACCUCUAAAAUAACUACGAUCAAGCAUUCAGACUGGACCAACGAGUCAUCUGUUAUCGACACCGACGAUAAAAAAUAGACCAGCUCAGAUUGGUUCCGUUAUUAUAUAGUAAAUUCUUUCAUAUGGAAAACCCUGUAUAGUAAAUUCUAUAUCUAAACAAAUGAAGUAAAAGAUUUUGUACAAAACUCUAGAAAGUUGUUUAAGCAAUAGAAGUACAAGAUUUAAUGAUUCUAUAGAGGACUAUACCUAGACAUGUUUGCCUUUUUUAUAAUGUAAGAUAUUUAUUGAUUUUGGGGAGCACGAAAUUAUUGUCGAUUUUACAAUACACAGACGAACUGAAUUAAAU